GGUGACCGUCCUCCACGGCGGCCUGGGCUGCAGGACCUACCAGUUGGCGCCCACCUCCGCCGUCGGCGCGGUGAAGGAGCUCCUCCACGCCGAGACCCGCUUCCCCCGCGGCGAGCAGCGGCUGUGGCACCGCAACAGGGAGUUGCCAGAUUGGACCAAGGUUGGGGACCUCCUGAAUUCUGAUAGUUGUGAUAUUUUUCUAAAUCUUCAAUCAAAAGGCCUAAAAGGAGGAGGCCGAUUUGGUCAAACGACUCCACCACUUGUUGAUUUUCUUAAAGAUAUUUUAAGAAGGUAUCCAGAAGGAGGGCAGAUUCUUAAGGAGUUAAUUCAGAAUGCAGAAGAUGCGGGGGCCACAGAAGUUAAAUUUUUGUAUGAUGAGACUAAAUAUGGAACAGAAACUCUUUGGUCCAAAGACAUGGAACAAUAUCAGGGGUCGGCACUUUAUGUGUAUAACAAUGCAGUUUUUACCCCUGAGGACUGGCACGGUAUUCAAGAAAUAGCAAGGAGCAGGAAGAAAGAUGAUCCUCUAAAAGUUGGAAGAUUUGGAAUUGGGUUUAAUUCUGUCUAUCAUAUUACAGAUGUUCCUUGUAUCUUCAGUGGUGAUCAGAUCGGAAUAUUAGAUCCCCACCAAGUCCUUUUUGGCCCCCAAGAAUCAGGACAGUGUUGGAAUCUAAAGGCAGACAGCAAAGAAAUCAAUGAACUUGCAGACCAAUUUUCUCCAUUCAUUGGCAUUUUUGGAAGCACCAAGGAAACCUUUAAAAAGGGCAGUUUUCCUGGGACAUUUUUUCGCUUUCCUCUUCGCCUACAACCUUCCCAGCUGAGUAGUAACCUGUACAACAAGCAGAAGGUUCUGGAGCUCUUUGAAUCUUUCAGAGCAGAUGCAGAUACAGUGCUUCUCUUCCUGAAGAGCGUGCAGGAUAUCUCAUUACACGUCAGGGAGGCUGAUGGAACGGAGAGAUUGGUGUUUAGAGUAACAGCAAGUGAGAACAAGGGUCUGAAACACGAGAGACCCAAUUCUAUCAAGAUCUUAGGAACCGCUAUAAGUAACUACUGUAAGAAGGUUCCAAGCAACAGCAUAACGUGUGUGACCUAUCAUAUAAACAUAGCGUUAGAAGAUGAGAGUACGAAAGAUGCCCAGAAAACCUCUUGGUUGGUGUGCAACAGCGUGGGUGGUCGAGGAAUAUGCAAUGAACUCGAUUGCCUGGCUGACGACUUGAAAUUUAUUCCAACCAUUGGCAUAGCCAUGCCCCUGUCCAGCAGCGAAGAAGAAAAAGGAGCAGCGUCUGAUUUCUCAGGGAAGGCUUUCUGUUUUCUACCUUUACCUCCCGGGGAAGAAAGCCAAACCGGUCUCCCGGUUCACAUCAGUGGAUUCUUUGGACUCACUGACAACAGGAGGAGUAUCAAGUGGCGAGAGUUGGAUCAGUGGCGGGAUCCGUCGGCGGUAUGGAAUGAGCUCCUGGUCACCCAUGUUGUCCCCAGAGUCUAUGCCACGCUCAUCUUGGACUCGGUCAAACGGCUGGAGACUGAAAGAAACUCAGACUUCCCCUGGUCUGUGGAGGUUAUCUAUAAACUCUGGCCCGACCUGAACAAAGUCCGCGUCCAUUGGCAGCCGGUUCUAGAACCUCUGUUCAAGGAGCUCUUCCAGCACGCCGUUCUCUAUUCCGCCGGUAAGCACUGGGUCAAAUUGGAGCAGGCCUACUUCUCAGAACUGGAUGACAGUUUGGAAAGCACAAAAGCUGUGCUUAACUACCUCCAGAGCUCAGGGAAACAGGUGGUCAGAGUACCCGCCAACGUGGCAAGCGCACUCCAGCUGGCUGCCUGUGGUGCCAAGCCUGUGAAGAAGGUGACCCCCGCUUUGGUGCGGCAGGUGCUAAGGAAAUCGGGGCCCGCUGGCGGUGCUGACGAAAAGAUUCACCUCUUAGAGUUUGUACUCUCUGACGAGACUUACAGUGAACUUCUUGGAUUGGAGCUUCUACCCUUGCAAAAUGGAAGUUUUAUUCCCUUUUCUUCAUCUGUAGCCGAGCAAGAUGCAGUUUACAUCACCUCUGAAGAUUAUCCAAGGUCCCUUUUCCCAGGCCUUGAGGGAAGAUUGAUUUUAGAUGACUUGAAACCUCAAGUUCUAGCUUCUUUAAAGGAAGCCGCCCAAACCCGAGGGCGACCGUGCACGCAGCUGCAGCUCCUGAACCAGGAACGGUUUGCACGGCUUAUCAAAGAAGUUAUGAAUGCACUCUGGCCUGGCAGAGACUUAGUAGUUCCCUGGUAUCCACUGGCAGAAGACAGAGACCACCCCCCUAUUGCAUGGCUUAAGAUGAUCUGGAAGAAUCUCUACAUUCACUUUUCGGAAGAUUUGACUUUAUUUGAUGAGAUGCCGCUUAUCCCCAAGACGCCCCUGGAAGAAGGUCAGACGUUUGUGGAACUAAUUCGACUCCGCAUUCCAUCUUCCGUCAUUUUAGAUGAUGAUUCUGAGGCUCAGCUUCCAGAAUUUUUAGCUGACAUUGUCCAAAAACUUGGAGGGAUUGUCCUUCAAAAACUAGAUGCCUCCAUACAACAUCCACUUCUAAAAAAAUACGUACAUACCCCCUUACCAAGUGCUCUUCUGCAGAUAAUGGAGAGAACGUCGCUGCAGAAACUGUGUAAUCAGGUCGCCUCUCUCCUUCCAACGCACAAAGAUGCUCUUAGAAGAUUUUUAGCUAGCCUAACUAAUAUCGAUGAAAAGGAGAGAAGAAUCAUUCAGGAACUGACAAUAUUUAAAAAAAUGAAUCAUUCAUCUGAUCAAGGGAAUUCAUGUUUCACCAGAUUGAAGGGUGGUAAAGUACUGCAUCCCACUGCCAAGCUCCCACCAGGCCUAAGACUUUCUACCCUUGUCAUUGACAGCACUGAUGAAGCGACCUUUCGUUUGGUAAAUAUGUUAAAAGUGGAGCAGCUGAAGAGCACCAACUGCUUAAGGUUUAUUUUAAAAGACAUCGAAAACGCUUUCUACACUCAGGAGGAAACUACGAAACUGAUGUUAUGGAUCCUGGAGAAUCUGUCUUCCCUGAAGAAUGAGAACUCGUCUGUGAUCGAGUGGCUAGUGCCAUUAAAAUUCAUUCCGAUUUCACAGGAGAAGGUGGUCGCAGCCAGCGAGCUCUUUGAUCCCGACGUGGAAGUUCUACGAGAUCUGUUCUAUGCCGAGGAAGACAAAUGCUUUCCGCCUACAGUUUUUACCUCAUCUUCAGAUAUUCUGCAUUCCUUAAGGCAGAUCGGCCUAAAACACGAAGCCGGUCUCAAGGAAAAGGACAUUAUACAGGUGGCCCAUAAAAUUGAAGACUUGCAGGGCUGUUCCAGCCCAAAUCAUGAUGCACUUUUAAGGAAAGCUAAAACUCUCUUACUGGUUUUGAACAGAAAUCACUCACUGGUGCAGUUACCUGAAACUAAAACGACACUGAAGAAAAUCCAAUGGGUUCCAGCUUGCAAGGAGAGGCCCCCGAACUAUCCGGGGUCCCUGGUGUGGAAAGGGGACCUCUGCAACCUCUGCUCGCCCCCAGAAAUGGCUGAUGUGGCUCAUGCCAUCUUAGUUGGCUCGUCGAUUCCUCUGGUGGAAGGGGUCCAUGCAAACUUGAAAAAAGCCCUGGGCAUCUCCACAGAGCCUGGCAUAGCUGCUGUCUUAAAGCACUUUAAGGUAGUUGUUGACUGGCAUAGUUCUAAGACAUUUAGCGAUGAAGACUAUUAUCAGUUUCAGCAUGUCCUGCUUGAAAUUUAUGGAUUCAUGCACGAUCAUUUAGACGAAGGUAAAGAUGCCUUUAAAGCCUUGCAGUUUCCCUGGGUCUGGACCGGCAAAAAGUUCUGCCCGCUGGCCCAGGCGGUAAUUAAGCCCAUUCACGAUCUGGACCUGCAGCCGUACCUCCACAGCGUGCCUAAGACCAUGGCCAAAUUCCACCAGCUGUUUAAGGCUUGCGGUUCCAUAGAGGAGCUGACGUCGGAUCACAUUUCCAUGGUCAUUCAGAAGAUCUAUCUAAAGAGUGACCGAGAGCUCAGUGACGAGGAGAGCAAGCAAAAUCUCCAUCUCAUGCUGAACAUCAUACGCUGGCUGUACAGCAGUCAGAUUCCCGCGAGCCUCAGCACGCCGGUGCCCAUACACUAUAGCAAAAACCCUGCCAAGCUCAUCAUGAAACCGAUUCACGAAUGCUGUUACUGUGACAUUAAAGUUGACGACCUGAACGAUUUACUCGAAGAUGCUGUGGAACCAAUCAUCUUGGUUCAUGAGGAUAUUCCCAUGAAAACCGCGGAGUGGUUAAACGUACCAUGUCUCAGCACAAGAUUGAUUAACCCUGAGAAUAUGGGGUUUGAACAGUCAGGGCAAAGGGAACCCCUUACGGUUAGAAUUAAGAACAUCUUGGAAGAAUACCCGUCGGUCUCAGAUAUUUUUAAAGAGCUGCUUCAAAACGCCGAUGACGCAAAUGCCACCGAGUGCAAUUUUAUGAUCGAUAUGCGAAGGAAUAUGGAUAUAAGGGAAAGUCUCCUGGACCCGGGAAUGGCAGCCUGCCAUGGGCCAGCCCUGUGGUCCUUCAACAAUUCCGAAUUCUCGGAUUCAGACUUCGUCAACAUCACCAGGUUGGGCGAGUCUCUGAAAAGAGGCGAAGUUGAUAAAGUGGGGAAAUUCGGCCUGGGAUUUAAUUCCGUGUAUCAUAUCACCGACAUCCCCAUCAUUAUGAGCCGAGAGUUCAUGAUAAUGUUCGAUCCAAACAUCAACCAUCUCAGUAAGCAUAUCAAGGACAAGUCUAACCCUGGAAUUAAGAUUAAUUGGAGUAAACAACAGAAAAGGCUUAGAAAGUUCCCUAAUCAGUUCAAGCCAUUUAUAGAUGUGUUUGGUUGUCAGUUGCCCUUGACCGUGGAAGCCCCUUACAGUUACAGGGGAACGCUCUUCCGACUUUCCUUCAGAACUCAGCAGGAAGCUAAAUUGAGUGAAGUCAGCAGUACCUGCUAUAAUACAGCCGACAUCUAUUCCCUGGUGGAUGAAUUCAGCCUCUGUGGCCAUCGGCUGAUCAUUUUCACCCAAAAUGUGAACUCGAUGCAUCUGAAGUACUUGAAGAUUGAGGAGACGAAUCCUGCCUUAGCACAAGACACAGUCAUCAUCAAAAAGACUCUCUGUUCUUCGAAAGCGCUGACGGCACCCACGGUAAGCGUUUUGAAAGAAGCCGCCAAGCUCAUGAAGACAGGUGGCGUUGGGGGUGGCAGUGGUAGGAAGAUUUCCAGCGACCCGCCGAAGUCAGCUUGUGUUCUGCAGAUCACCGUUGAGGAAUUCCACCACGUCUUCAGACGAAUUGCCGACUUGCAGUCUCCCCUUUUCAGAGGACCAGAGGACGAUCCCGCCACUUUCUUUGAAAUUGCCAAAGCCGGGCAGGCAAAAAGGCCCGCUGACGAGUUGCCCCAGAAAACAGUCGAUUCGACCACGUGGCUUCUGUGCACGUGCAUGGAUGCAGGGGAGGCGUUCAAGUUUUCGCUGAAUGAAAGCGGAAGGAGACUGGGACUCGUGCCCUGCGGCGCCGUCGGGGUGUUGCUCUCCGAAACCCAGGAUCAGAAGUGGAGUGUGAAAUCUCACGUCGGCGAAGUGUUUUGCUACUUGCCUCUGAGAAUCAAAACGGGCUUGCCGGUCCACAUCAACGGCUGCUUUGCCGUGACCUCAAAUAGAAAAGAAAUCUGGAAGACCGAUACGAAGGGAAGGUGGAACACUGUAUUCAUGAGGCACGUCAUAGUGAAAGCUUAUUUAGAGGCCCUUGGAGUCCUGCGUGAUAUGGCCGUCAACGGGGAGCUCCAAGAUUACACGUACUAUGCAGUGUGGCCGGAUCCUGACUCAGUUCAUGACGAUUUCUCGAUCGUGUGCCAAGGGUUUUACGAAGAUAUAGCUCACGGCAGAGGGAAAGAAGGGACCAAGGUCUUCUCGGACGGGUCUACCUGGGUGUCCAUGAAGAAUGUAAGAUUUCUCGACGAUUGCCUGCUCCAGAGGCCCGCUAUUGGGCCUGCAGCCUUCAAGAUCUUUCUGAAGUACCUUAAAAAGACCGGAUCAAAGAACCUCUGUGCCGUGGAACUUCCUUCCUCCGUAAAAUCAGGGUUCGAAGCAGCGGGCUGCAAGCAGAUACUCCUUGAGAACACAUUUUCCGAGAGGCAGUUCUUUUCGGAAGUUUUUUUUCCAAAUAUCCGGGAGAUUGAUGCCAAACUUCGGGACCCUCUGAUGCAUUUUGUUUUAAAUGAGAAGGUCGAAGAAUUCUCGGGAAUACUGCGGGGGACUCCUUGUAUUCCUUCCUCUUUAGAGGGCCAUCCCUUGGCUUUGCCCUCGAGGCUGAUCCAUCCUGAAGGACGAGUGGCAAAGUUAUAUGACAUCAAGGAUGGGAGAUUUCCCUAUGGCUCUGCCCAGGACUACCUCAAUCCCAUUGUCUUGAUUAAACUUGUUCAGUUAGGCAUGGCGAAGGACGAUAUUUUAUGGGACGAUAUGAUAGAACGAACGGAGUCGGUGGCGGAAAUCAACAAAAGCGAUCACCUUGCCGCUUGCCUCAGGAGCAGUAUUCUCUUAAAUCUUAUCGAUGAGAAAUUAAAAAUCGGGGAUCCUAGAGCAAAAGAAUUUGCCGCAAAGUAUCAAGCAACACCGUUCCUCCCCUUUCUCACAAAGCCAGCAGGGUUCUCUCUGGAGUGGAAAGGGAGCCAUUUCAAACCAGAAACGAUGUUUGCAGCGACUGACCUGUACACUGCUGACCAUCAGGAUGUAGUCUGUCUCCUACGACCCAUUCUCAAUGAAAACUCUCAUUCCUUUAAAGGCUGCGGCUCAGUGUCGUUGGCUGUCAAAGGUUUCUUGGGUUUGCUUAAAAAGCCAACCGUGGAUCUGGUGCUGAGCCAGUUAAAAGAGGUUGCAAAGUUCUCUGAUGGAAUUACCUUGUAUCAAGAGAAUAUCACCAAUGCUUGCUACAAGUUCCUUCAUGAGGCAAUGCUGCAGAACGAAUCCACCAAGACGAUGAUUGCAGAAGAGCUCAGAAGUUGCCGGUUCAUCCUGGUAGAGAGCGUCUAUGUUGACUCAGCCAGAGUCUCUUUUCAGCUGAAUUUUGAUGCGGCCCCCUACCUCUAUCAGUUACCCAAUAAAUACAAGAACAAUUUCCGCGAACUUUUUGAGAACACGGGCGUGAGGCAUUCUUUUACAGUGGAAGAUUUUGCUCUCGUCCUAGAGUCGAUCAAUGAGGAAAGACAGAUGCAGCAAAUGACAGAAGAGAACUUUCAGCUGUGCCGGCGAAUCAUUAGUGAAGGAAUCUGGAGCCUCAUUAGAGAAAAGAAGCAAGAAUUCUGUGAGAAGAAGUAUGGUGAAAUAUUACUGCCGGACACCAAUCUCGCUCUUCUACCUGCCAAGUCUCUCUGCUAUAAUGACUGCCCGUGGAUAAAAGUCAAAGACACCAAGGUAAAAUACUGCCACGCCGAUAUCCCCAGAGAGGUGGCUGUCAAACUGGGAGCGGUCCCAAAGCGUCACAAAGCCCUAGAGCGGUAUGCCUCCAACGUGUGCUUCACCACCCUCGGGACCGAAUUCGGGCAGAAGGAAAAGUUGACCAGCCGAAUCAAGAGCAUCCUCAAUGCCUAUCCGUCAGAAAAGGAAAUGCUGAAAGAGCUCCUUCAGAACGCCGACGACGCGAAAGCUACUGAAAUCUGUUUUGUGUUUGAUCCUAGACAUCACCCGGUUGACCGGAUCUUCGAUGAUAAGUGGGCGCCCCUCCAAGGGCCGGCCCUGUGCGUGUACAACAAUCAGCCCUUCACAGAAGACGACGUCCGGGGGAUCCAGAACCUCGGGAAAGGCACCAAGGAAGGCAACCCGUGCAAAACUGGCCAGUAUGGCAUCGGCUUCAAUUCCGUGUACCACAUUACCGACUGCCCUUCUUUCAUCUCGGGAAACGACAUUCUCUGCAUCUUCGACCCUCAUGCCAGGUACGCCCCGGGGGCCACCUCGGUUAGCCCCGGGAGGAUGUUUAGGGAUUUAGAUGCGGAUUUUAGGACCCAGUUCUCAGAUGUGCUGGAUCUCUAUUUGGGAACUCACUUUAAACUGGACAACUGCACGAUGUUUAGGUUUCCCCUCCGGAAUGGGGAGAUGGCCCAAGUCUCAGAAAUCUCCUCAGUUCCCUCAUCAGACAGAAUGGUCCAGAACCUUUUGGAUAAGCUGCGCUCUGAUGGGGCAGAGCUUCUGAUGUUCCUGAAUCACAUGGAGAAAAUUUCGAUUUGUGAAAUAGAAAAAACCACAGGAGCCCUGAAUGUACUGUAUUCAGUGAGGGGGAAAAUCACAGACGGAGACAGAUUAAAACGGAAACAGUUUCAUGCGUCGGUGAUCGACAGCGUAACCAAAAAAAAGCAAUUGGAAGACAUCCCAGUGCAACAGAUCACCUACACCAUGGACACUGAAGACUCGGAAGGAAACCUCACCACGUGGCUCAUUUGCAACAGGUCAGGUUUCUCAAGUAUGGACAAGGUAUCCAAGAGUGUCGUGUCUGCUCACAAGAACCAAGACAUCACGCUCUUCCCCCGGGGUGGAGUGGCCGCUUGCAUCACGCACAACUACAAAAAGCCCCACAGGGCCUUCUGCUUUUUGCCGCUGUCUCUGGAGACGGGGUUGCCCUUCCACGUGAAUGGCCACUUUGCUCUCGAUUCUGCCAGGAGAAAUCUGUGGCGUGACGAUAACGGCGUCGGGGUGCGCAGCGACUGGAAUAACAGCCUGAUGACGGCACUGAUUGCCCCGGCGUACGUAGAGCUGCUUAUCCAGCUAAAGAAGCGGUAUUUCCCGGGGACCGAUCCCACCAUUUCAGUUCUCCAGAACACCCCUGCGCACGUGGUGAAAGACACCCUAAAGAAGUUCCUGUCGUUCUUCCCCGUGAGCCGGCUUGACCUGCAGCCGGAUUUAUAUUGCCUCGUGAAAGCUCUCUACAUCUGUAUCCAUGAAGAUCUGAAGCGCCUCCUGCCUGUCGUGCGGGCCCCGAUCGUGGAUGGCUCUGACCUGCAUUCGGCGGUCGUCAUCACCUGGAUCAACAUGUCGGCCUCGAACAGAACGAGGCCCUUCUUCGACAACUUGCUGCAGGACGAGCUGCAGCACCUGAAGAACGCCGAGUACAACAUCACGACACGGAAGACCGUGGCGGAAAACGUUUACAGGCUCAAGCAUCUGCUCUUAGAAAUCGGAUUCAACCUGGUCUACAACUGUGAUGAAACCUCCCAUCUCUACCACUGCCUGGUAGACGCGGGCAUUCCUGUGAGCUACGUGACUCCUGCCGACGUCCGGGCCUUCCUGAUGACAUUUUCCUCACCGGAUUCCAGCUGCCACAUCGGCAAGUUGCCCUGUCGACUUCAGCAGACCAACCUGAAACUGUUUCACAGUUUAAAGCUUCUGGUGGAUUACUGUUUUAAGGACGCAGAAGAGAAUGAAAUCGGAAUCGAGGGACUGCCUCUCCUGAUUACGCUCGACAGCGUCUUGCAGACUUUCGACGCAAAGCGACCGAAAUUUCUCACCACCUACCACGAGUUGAUUCCGUCUCGCAAGGACCUGUUCAUGAAUACGCUCUACUUGAGGUACAGCGGCAUCUUACUGAGCUGUAAGGUGGCCAAGGACUUCGACAUUACCAGCUUUGCCGACUUGUUGGCCUCCGUGUUGCCUCGGGAAUACAAGACCAAGAACUGUACCAGGUGGAAGGAGAAUUUUGCGAGCGAAUCGUGGCUCAAAAACGCCUGGCAUUUUGUCAGCGAGUCCGUCGGUGCGAAAGAGGAGCCGGAAGAGAUGAAGCCUCCCUUUGACGUGGUCCUCGACACUCUGAAGGACUGGGCUCUGCUUCCCGGCACCAAGUUUACCGUGUCGGCCAAUCAGCUGGUGGUGCCGGAGGGUGAUGUCCUGUUGCCCUUAAGCCUAAUGCAUAUAGCUGUUUUCCCUCAUGGCCAGAGCGAUAAGGUAUUCCACGCUUUGAUGAAAGCCGGUUGCAUCCAACUCGCUUUGAACAAAAUCUGCUCCAAAGAUAACGUUCUGGUCCCUCAUCUGUCAGGGCACACGGCAAACAUCGACAACCCUUCGAGUAUUCUGAAGGCCAUUCAUUACAUGGUCCAGACCUCGACAUUCAGAACGGAAAAAUUAGCCGAAAAUGAUUUCGAGGCGCUCCUGAUGUACUUUAAUUGCAAUUUAAGUCACUUGAUGUCUCAGGAUGACAUGAAGAUUUUGAAGUCCCUUCCCUGCUAUAAGUCCAUCAGCGGUCGGUAUAUGAGCAUUGCGAGAUUUGGGGCCUGCUACGUCCUUACGAAGAACAUCCCCGCUGCUGAAGUGGAGAGGUGGACCCAGUCUUCCUCUUCUGCUUUCCUCGAAGAGAAGGUCCACCUGAAGGAACUCUACGGGGUCCUCGGCUGCGUCCCCGUGGACGAUCUUGAAGUCUACCUGAGGCACCUCCUGCCCAAGAUCGAAAACCUCUCUUACGAUGCAAAGCUGGAGCACCUGAUCUACCUGAAGAACCGAUUAUCCAACAUCGAAGAGUCAUCGGAAAUGAAAGACCAACUCUUUGAAAAGCUGGAAGGCCUCCUGAUCAUUCACGACGCCACUAACAGACUAAAGCCCGCCAAGCAUUUUUAUGACAGGACCGUGCGCGUCUUCGAAGUCAUGCUGCCGGAAAAAAUGUUUAUACCCGGUGAUUUCUUCAAAAAACUAGAACAGCUGACAAAGCCCAAAAAUCAAGCCGCCUUCCAGACGUCGUGGGUGGCUUUCCUGAGAAACAUCGGCCUGAAGCACCUUCUCUCCCAGCAGCAGGUGUUGCAGUUCGCCAAGGAGGUCAGCAUGAGAGCGAAUACCGAGAACUGGUCCAAAGAAACGUUGCAGAACGCCGUCGACGUUCUGCUCCACCACAUAUUCCAAGAGCGAGUGGACUUGCUGACGGGAAACUUUCUGAAAGAACUGGCUCUCGUGCCCUUCCUGUGCCCCGAGCGGGCCCCGGCUGAGUUUGUCCGCUUCCACCCACAAUACCAAGAGGUCAACGGAACCCUCCCGCUCAUACGGUUCCACGGCGCGCAGGUGAACCCCAAGUUCAAACAGUCGGACGUCCUGCAGUUGCUCUGGACCUCGUGCCCGAUUCUGCCGGAGAAAGCGACCCCGCUGAGCAUCAGAGAGCAGGAGGAGAGCGGCCUGGGCCCCCAAGAACAGCUCGAACAGGUGCUUACCAUGCUGAGUGUGAACUUGGACCCUCCCCUGGACAAGGUCAUCGGGAACUGCCGGAACAUCUGCAACAUCACCACUCUGGAUGAGGACAUGGUCAAGACCCGAGCCAGGGUCCUCCGGAGCAUCUACGAGUUUCUCAGCUCCGAAAAGAGAGAGUUCCGCUUCCAGCUCCGAGGGGUGGCUUUCGUGAUGGUAGAGGACGGCUGGAAGCUUCUGAAGCCGGAAGAGGUGGUGAUCAACCUGGAGUACGAGGCGGACUUCAAGCCUUACCUGUACAAGCUGCCCCUGGAGCUCGGCACCUUCCACCAGCUCUUCAAACUCCUCGGGGCUGAGGACGUCAUUUCCACCAAGCAGUAUGCCGAGGUGCUGAGCCGGAUAUUCAAGAACUCCGAGGGGAAGCGGCUGGAUCCCAACGAAAUGCGCACGGUCAAGAGGGUGGUCUCUGGCCUGUUCAAGAGCCUGCAGAACGAUUCCGCUAAGGUGAGGAACGACCUCGAGAGCUUGCGCGACCUCGCGCUUUACCUCCCGGGUCAGGAUGGGAGGCUGGUCAAGUCGAGCAUCCUAGUGUUCGACGACGCCCCUCAUUACAAGAGUCGAAUCCAGGGGAACAUUGGCGUUCAGAUGCUCGUGGACCUCAGUCAGUGCUACUUGGGAAAGGACCACGGCUUCCACACCAAGUUGAUCAUGCUCUUUCCGCAGAAACUGCGGCCCCGCCUCCUCAGCAGCAUUCUCGAAGAACAGCUGGACGAGGAGACCCCCAAAAUUUGCCAGUUCGGGGCACUGUGUUCCCUUCAAGGGAGACUGCAGCUCCUACUGUCUUCGGAGCAGUUCAUCUCGGGCCUCGUUCGGAUCAUGAAGCACGAGAACGACAACGCUUUCCUGGCCAACGAAGAGAAGGCCGUCCGACUCUGCAAAGCCUUACGGGAAGGCCUGAAAGUUUCCUGCUUUGAGAAGCUUCAGACGACACUCCGAGUUAAAGGAUUUAAUCCCAUCCCGCACAGCAAAAGCGAAACCUUUGCGUUUCUGAAGCGGUACGGCAAUGCCGUGAUUCUGCUGUACAUCCAGCACUCGGACAGCAAGGACAUCAACUUCCUGCUGGCGCUCGCCAUGACCCUUAAAUCGGCAACGGACAACCUGAUUUCUGACACCUCCUAUUUAAUCGCCAUGCUGGGCUGCAGUGACAUUUACAGGAUCAGCGAGAAGCUGGACAGUUUAGGAGUGAAGUACGACUCCUCCGAGCCGUCCAAACUCGAACUGCCGAUGCCGGGCACGCCGAUACCCGCCGAGAUCCACUACACCCUGCUCAUGGACCCGAUGAACGUGUUUUACCCGGGCGAGUACGUGGGCUACCUCGUCGACGCGGAAGGGGGUGACAUCUACGGGUCGUACCAGCCGACGUACACCUACGCCAUCAUCGUGCAGGAAUUUGAGAGGGAGGGCGAUUCCGGAUCCAGCUUUCUGGGCAAGUUCUACCAGAUUGACAUUGGCUACAGCGAGUACAAGAUAGUGAGUUCCCUCGACCUGUACAGGUUCUCGCGGCCCGACGAGAGCUCCCAAGGCCGAGACAGCGCCCCGUCCACCCCCACCAGCCCCACGGAGUUCCCCGCCCCGGGACUCCGGAAUAUCCCCCCCCUUUUCUCGGGCCAGGAGAGCCACAAGCCCGCGUCCUCGAACCAUCAGUCGCCCAAAAAGAUGAAGGCCAACCUGCUGCCCGACGUGCUGAGGGAGGUCACGUCCGUGGUCGAACAAGCCUGGAAACUUCCGGAAUCGGAAAGGAAAAAGAUCAUCAGGAGGCUGUACCUCAAGUGGCACCCGGACAAAAAUCCAGAGAAUCACGACCUGGCCACGGAAGUUUUUAAGCAUCUGCAGAACGAGAUCAACCGUUUAGAGAAGCAGGCGUUUAUCGAUCAGAACGCCGACCGAGCAUCCAGGCGGCCGUUCUCGACCCCGGCCUCCCGAUACCAGUCCGACAGGUACUCGUUUCAGAGGUUCUACACGUCGUGGAACCAGGAGGCGACGAGCCACAAGUCGGAGAGGCAGCAGCGGAGCCAAGAGAAGGGCCCGUCUUCGGCGGGCCAGGCCUACUCCCAGCGUUUCUUCGUCCCGCCCACCUUCAAGUCCGUCGGAAACCCGGUCGAGGCGCGCCGCUGGCUCAGGCAGGCGCGGGCCAACUUCUCAGCCGCCAGGAACGACCUCCACAAAAAUGCCAACGAGUGGGUGUGCUUCAAGUGCUACCUGGCCACCAAGCUGGCCCUGGUGGCCGCCGACUACGCCGUGAAGGGCAAGUCCGACAAGGACGUGAAGCCCACCGCCCUCGCCCAGAAGAUCGAGGAGUACAGCCAACAGCUCGAGGGGCUCGCCAACGACGUCCACACCUUGGAAGCCUACGGGGUAGACAACCUGAAGACCCGCUACCCCGACCUGCUUCCUUUCCCCCAGAUUCCCAACGACCGGUUCACGUCCGAGGUCGCCUUGCGGGUGAUGGAGUGCACGGCCUGCAUCAUAAUCAAACUCGAAAACUUCAUUCGGCAGAAGGUAUGAGACGGGCAGGGGUGGGCCCCUUGGGUUGCCCCGGCUGGUUCAAGAGACGCAACGCCUUGGGGGUCUCCUCGGGCUCGCACCCCUCCGUCGGACUGCGGGGCGCAGACGGGCACGGCACCGCCCACCUGACCGGCCGUGACGGCCUCCCACGGCGGUUGCGGACGGGGACGCAAACGGGACGUCGUGACUGAGCUCGGGACAACAGGCCUUUUCUGUUGGUUCGUAGGAAAGUUGUGAGCGGCGAAACGUUAAGCGUGGGUAUACAGUGCGGUGGUUAAAAUGACCCUUUCUGAACGGCACUUGCUAUAACCAGAGCUUGGCGGUACAGGAGGUAGGGCCAGUUUACGUUCUGUUUCGCCUCAUCUCAUUUCGCUGUUGGUUUUAACGAGGCUUCUUGCCUUGGAGCGACUACAGCACUGAACGACGUAUCGCUAAACCGCAAACGAGGAGCUGCCGGGGGAUUGUGGGGGGCGGAUCUUCGGAGAGAAUUUCCUUCCUUUUCAGUGGACUCUCUUUCCCCCCUACUCCUCGCUCUCUUAUCAGCUGGUUCUGAUGAAUCUGUUGCUGUUUUACAUCCUAAAAGAGAUCCGCUACACUUCAUGGUACAGUGUUUUAACCUCAAUGUUACUUGACUAGGUAUGAAGACAGUAUGUUUUAAGGUGCGCGGAAUGCCCUUGCCAUCUUCAUCGCAAGAUUAUUAUUUUUUUACACACAUUUGUUGUUUACAAGCUUCUUAUUUAAUGAAGAGUGCAUGUGGGUGACCUGAGUUGGUGGCAGCUUGUGUCCCCCGAUGUUAAUAUUGUGGUUUCUGUUUUAACUGGCACGCCAAAUGGCCCGCGAUCGGUCACGCGGUCCAACUCGUGACUCUUCCGUUCGUGUGGACGUGUGAUUUUCAUAAGAUGUCACCAUUGGUCUGGGCCUUGAGCGAGUAGGAGACCACCCUCCAGUCUGCCUGUCUGCCAGGGUUGGAGCCACCGGGCUGGGCCCUUUGGGUUAAGCGUCUUUCAUUCUGGAGUGUGGAGUUGCAUGGAUUCCUGUUUCCUUUUUACAAACUCAAGAUUGUACAAUACCCGAUGAUAGCCUGAUCAUGCCGUUUAUCCCAUUUAUCCUGUUUUUAUUUUUUUUCCAGAGAAAUUAUGAGCUAGCGAAUGGAUUUUUUUUAAAAAAAUAGUCACCAAUUGACCACGGUUGCCACGGAAUGCUCGUCUUUCCAAAUGUCAGUUAUCAUGGACCAUUGACUUAGCAGCAAGCACAGUGAAACUCAUUUCUCUUGCAAAAUGCAAAGGAAAAGCAAGUAACAACAUGAGCUGAUAUGAGCGCAGUGGCUAAAACAAAUCAUUGCAAUCCCAAAGAAAAAAAAAACGCCGAGACUUUUAAAAAGUUCCGCAAUUAAGGGUUUAAAGCAGUUGUUGAGAGAUGUUCACUGUCAUCAUUGCCCAAAGGAAGCUUGCCUCUGGGGAAACUAUUGCUGCUGGGUGUUAAGCCAUGUAAUUAGUUCCGCAAGUAUAUUUAAGUGCCAUAAUUUUAAUAAAGCAACAGUGUACAGAAAAAGAAAAA